AUGGAUGACAUACUGAUCCUUCGCAUGAUGAUCCUGACGGUGGUGGCGACUGCGGCCAGCCGAGCAUUGCAUCAUGAUGCCCCCAUUGUUAUCUACGAGAACCCUGAAGACCCUCAGGAGGACAUGAGAAAUGGAUACCCUAUGGAAAGCUUGAGUCCACCCGAGCACGGGUUUGCCUCCUUAUGGGCAGUACCAGAGUGGAAAGCGCUUGAACAGUUUGUGGGAUUGCAUCAAGUCUCAUUCCAUCAAGGGGCUUUGGGUCAUGUGAAGAGACGGCCCACCACUUUGAGUACGAAUGUGUCACCGGAUCCAGUGCUACUUGACUGUUGGACAGAAGAGCCAUCGGUGGAGGGUAUGUCCGGGGUGCCAACAGGGUGUCAUCAGAACUGGGUAGGCUGGGCUCCGGGUUUGCAGUGCGCGAUAGGCAAUAUGCUGUGGAGAGCGUUCCAGGAACAGCUUGAUGGGGGUGGGUUUAAGAUCAAAUCGGUGGAUGCCGGGUUUCUAGAGCACUUGAAGAACAAUCACACUCCUUACAGACGCGAUUGUAAGUACUGUGUUCAGGGUGGAGCUCGGCAGAAGCAACACCGUAAGGUUUUGGCCCCGCAAGGUUGGACGCUAAGUGUGGAUACUACCGGACCUUUUCCCCUUGGGCUGGAUGAAGGCACCACCAAAGCAAAGUAUCUCCUCGUAGGAGUUCUUUCGGUCCCAAUUCUGUCGGCAGAGGGCAGUGCUGUGGAUGAGCCAGCAGACAGGGAUCCUUUGAUUUCUGUGGAGGAGUUUGCCAGAGGUCUUGAGGACAGAGAAUGGUUUGUAGAUCAGGGUAUGGAGUUGGAGGAACCCCUGCCAGAGCCAUCCCAACGGGAGCUAAAGGAAGCAAAGGAUGCAUGGAACAGUUGGGAGAAAGUGGUCAAGGCCAGUCGUGAAGAUUGGUUGAAGGAGGCUAAGGCAGAGUAUCUUCCGAAGGUAGAAAUGGUGGACGUGUUGUUCACUGAAGCUGUGGAGUCUAAGAGGCAACAGGAGGUGGUGGGAGCAAUCAGCAGGAUGUAUGCCAAAGCGAUUAGUGAUGGCUACGACGUGCGACGCGUGCACACUGACCGUGGACGUGAGUUCAAUAAUGCAGCAUUGAAAUCGUUCUGUAGCAAAUUUGCAUUGCAUCAGACGUUUGCGCUGGCAGAGGAGCAUCAGACCAAUGGCCGAGCAGAGGGGGCAAUUCUGAGAGUGAAGAACAAAACCCGUGCAAUACUCCAGGCAUCAGGCCAGUCAGAUCUCAAGGAGUGGCCGUUGGCUGCUAAACUGGCAGCGCACCAGCUGCGAGGAGCUGCGCGAACUCGAUUGAAGCUGACCGCAGACAAAUGGGAGCCAAAGGACUUAGCAUCACUCGCCUUGUGUCUGGCUAAGACGGUGGCCUCAAACGAGAGGAUGAUCCAAAAGGUAAUGCAGCUCGAGGUCACAGGGAGGUGUGAUGAUUUGAUUGGUGAUCGCUCUAAGGGAGUAGAGGCGAAUUGCGACCAAAGGAAUAAGGUAACGGUCUGUGAGGAGUUUCCAGCUAAAUGCCCUAGGGAGGUGAUGUAUGCUUGCUUAGCAAUUGAGAUACGUCGUUUGGCAGUCGAAGCCUGCACGCUUGCGGUUGGUGAACAUGAUUACGAUGAAAGGGAGUGUGACCCAUUGCCGUACGAGGUGCCGGUUGCGUUGCGUGACAUGCAUAUCUGUCAAGUGUCUCGAGAGAUUGGGGAAACCGAGUGUUUUCUUGAUCGCGUUGCCUGGCCUAUGGUAGAAUCGCUGAAUGGAUCCGCGGAGGUUUUAGCGGCUGACCAUCAAUCUCGCUGUAAGAUGCUUGAGGUAAUCGGUGGGGAUGAUGAUUGCUGGCUUAAGGGGAUUGAAACUGGCUGGUUGGAUGAAGUUCGGGGUUUGGAACAAGAGUUGAAGGCUCUGCAGGGCGUCGAGAUGAUGGCGUUGCAGUCACUUGAGACCUUGGCCAUGAGAGCUUCGAAGCACCUGGCGGUGAAGUCCAUCGCUCCGGAGAAUGAUCCGUCUCCAGGUGAAGGAGAAAACCCUAGCGUAGGCACCCCUGAGGGACUGUCCCCGUUGGAUCCUGAAGAUGUCGCACCCCUACAGUCUAAGAUCAUUUCUCAGGAGCAAGUUCGAAAAGAGAUGACGAAGUGGUGUGGACCACUACAAGAAGAGUACGACAAUCUGACUAAGGAUUCGGGUACAGUACGGGCAUUGACUGAUCAGGAGUUCUCCGAGCUCCUAAACGACACUUCCAUUGCGUUGGAGCUUAUCCCCGGAAAAGGGGUGUAUGUGCACAAGUCAACGGGUAGGCGCCGUGCCCGUAUUGUCUGCUGUGGUAAUCAUCAGAGUGGUGAGAGCCAUUCUAAGUCAGAAUUGUUCGCUUCGGGAAUCGGAGGUGAAGGAAUCAGGAUGCUUGUUCGCAGGGCAGCGAUGAGAGGCGAUUGGGACAUCGCGACUGCCGACGUAAAGGCUGCAUUUCUUCAGGCUCCGGUGAUUGCCGGACAGUGUGGGGGUAAGCCGAGGGUCAUAGUGGUAAAGGUACCCCAUAUCUUGAGGGCUUCGGGUGUAUGUUCGGAGCGCUACUGGCUAGUACAAAAGGCGAUGUAUGGGUUGGCGGUGUCACCAAAAUGCUGGGUGACACACAGAAACAAGGUCCUUCGCGACUUGAGGAUCCCGUAUCAGUCAGGCACAGUUCGGUGUGUGCAGAUGUUGGAGGACGCAAACAUGUGGAAGCUGCAGUUCGAUCAUGAAAAGCUCCAUGGUCAGGACAGUGAAGGAGGUGCUGUGAGUACACUUGGGUUGUUGGGACUGUACGUGGACGACAUCCUAACGGCGGGCCCUCCAGCUCUGUUGAAAGCCGUGUUAGAUGCACUACAAUCCGCAUGGCAGCUCUCCACUCCGGAGUUCCUCUCGAAGCAGGGUGAUACCGUGAAGUUCAGCGGUUUCCAGAUCGAAAGAACUUGCUCGGGAUAUCUGAUGCAUCAAACUAGCUACGUGAUGGACUUGCUGGACCAGUAUGAGACAGAGAUUACUGGCGAGGAACCGGCCCCGGCGGUUAAAGUUUACGAUGUUAGGGUGAUAGGAGACGAGGAGGACCGGUCUAGAGUUACAAAAAAGGCCCAGACUCUGGUGGGUCAACUCCUCUGGGUUUCCACUAGGACCAGGCCAGACUUGGCGUUCGGAGUGAGCAUGGCGGGACAGAAGAUUGCAUCUGACCCAGCUGAGUCGCUUGCCAGGGCAGAACACUUGAUUCGAUAUCUACGCCACGCUCCGAGAGUGGGAUUACAAUAUGGUUGCGCAAGCGGGCGUUGCGGGAAAUGGGACCAGCUAAAGUAUCAGGAGGUGGAAGCCAGCAUGGAUGUUUUUUCAGAUGCAUCGUUCUGUGCAGAUGAGAAGAGCAGAAGUUUUGGCAGUAUCCAUCUGUACUGGGCUGGGGCAUUGAUCGCUUGGGCUUCAAGUCGGCAGACUCUAAUUGCUUCACAUACUGCCGAGAGCGAAUUGUACUCGUUGGCUGAGGGUCAUCUGUUGGGUAAGGCGAUGAGACCUACAGUUGCAGCUUUGUUGGAUAUGCCGGAGGCUAGAGUGGACUGCAGAUUGUAUUGUGACAAUGCGGCGGCAGUUCAGUUAUGUGUUCUGGAAGCCGGAUCGUGGCGAACACGUCACUUGAGGCUGCGUGGAGCCGUAAUCCGGCAGGACAUCGAGGAUGGGCUGACCUGCCAGACUAGAAGAUUUGAUUCGGGUGUGCAACCUGUGGGCUCCGCACUUACAGACAUCAGAGGUGUAAGAGCAAGCUCACUGAGUUUUCCCGGAGAAGAUAUCCACUUGCUGUGGCAGAGCUUUGUUGUUGGAUUCGGCAUCGGCUGUGGUUGGUGGGUUGCGGGUAAGUUGGGUGAGUUGGUGAAUAGGACUACGCAUGUUCAGACGGAGCCUGAGAGUUUUGACCAUGCGUUAGAUUCGGGGGAGUGGGACCCGUUGCCAAUUCAGUCAGAGGGCGUUAUGAUGGACCUGUCUGCGGAUGAAGAGCGAUGGCUUCUUGAGGCCCCAGCCGAGGAUGUUGAGCAUCGGCGCAUGCCACCAGGCAUGCAUCCUCCCGAAGUGUUAGGUUUUGAUGGAGAAGGUCUGGUUGCGCAACAAUUUCGCCAUGGUGACCGAGUGAGAUAUGUGGAUGAUGAAGGUGUUGUUGACGAAGACCAGAGUGAGGAGUCGAUGUCCGAAGUCGAAGAGGACAGCUCGUGGGAAUUUUGGGUGUUUGUGG